AAGGCUUCUCGCUCUGGUCACCGUCACUUGGCUUUCGAAUGUUCGCACGUCUGGGCUGAAGCACCACGGCGACUGUCUCUUUGCUUCUAUCUUCACUCUCGCCUUCUUCCACUUUAAUUCGCCUGGAUAUCAUUCGCCAGAUUAUUCGGCCGGCUCGGUUCACACAUAGCAAGCACGUUCCCGGUUUAUAUUGUGCAAGUUGACUGCGACGACGACCACGACCGGUAUGGCGGAUACUACCACGACCUCCCAACCUGGUACGCCGGGCACGACCACGCCUCAGUCGCGUAGGAAAUACUCUAUCGAUUUGACGCUGGAGCUUGAGCGUCAGUUGGACCUAGAGCAUGCGGACGCAGACGAGGCGGAGCAGACGACGCCUGUCGUCGCUGCGCCGCAGAAGUCCUCCCUCGACCCGCAAGUGCUCGCCCACAUUAUUGGGCAGCUCCGCGAGUCGAUUGCGGCACAGGCGCGAGAGCUAGAGACGACGAAGGAGAUGCUCGCGACGUCCUCGAGUACGGAAGCGGAACUGCGCGAUGCGCUGCAGUUCAUGACGGACAAGGCGACGGCGCUGGAGGAGGAGCUCGAGGAAUUGCGCAAGAAGUCGAAGGACGACGAGGAGGCGAUCUCGAUGCUGCGAACGAAGGUGGAGGAGAGUCGUCGUGGCCUUAUGCGCUUGCAGACGGAGAGCCGCCGUCAGUCUAUGCACCCUCCAGCGGCCCUGGAUACCGCACGCGCCAAUGCGUCGAAGCGCCAGUCAUUCACCCCGCUCACUGGUACCUUGACGGGCUCGCACCGCCGUAGCCCUAGCAUGGGGGACUUCCCAAGCCCCACCCCCACCGCCGGCUUCGAUCCAUCCCGUCGCAUGUCUGGCAUGAGCCUGUUUGGACGGCGGUCGCCCUCGCACCUGCCAGAGCAGGACCCCUUGCUGGCGGAGAUGGAGAGCAUGCGACGCGAGAUGGAUGGCCUUCGCAAGCAGGUGGCGGCCCUCAACGACGAGCUGGAUACGGCGCGUGGCGAGGUCUCGGAGGCCAACGAGGCACGCGAGGCGUCUGAGAACUGUGCGGCGGCACUACGUGAGUUCAUCGCCGAACACAACAUUGGCGCCGGCCCCCCACCUCCGCCCAAGGAGGUGCAUACUCGAAGCGAGAGCACGUCUUCGAGCUGGGGUGCCUUUGGCAAGCUUUGGCGUACGGAGGCGGCGCCCGCACCUGCGGCCGCGUCGCCUAGCUCGCCUGCCAUCGUCACGCGCAAGCUGGGUGGGCUGUUCAGCGCGAGGUCUAGCGUGGUUUCGACCUCGACGACCUCGAGCGCGAUGUCGCCACAGCUGCAAGCGAAUGCUGCGCUGCCUCCCAUGACGCAGCGGGAUUCGGUGUACAGCAUGUCGGAUGCGUCAAGCGUGGCGGAACCCAUCAGCCCCACCAGCGAGACGCCCAUUGCGCCUGUUGCAGUGCGCGAUGGCUUCGCGGCGGAGGGUGCAGACUCGCACAUCCAGGAGAUCACUCUCGAUAUGGGGAAGGCCGCGCCUACGGCGGCGACGGGUGCGGUGGUUGCGUGAAGCAGAUCAAGCGUGCAAGAGCACUAUAGACGGUACAAUGUAUAACGGACCAGCGACGAUUCCCGGUUUGCAUAUACGCUAUUAGCCUUAUACCUUAAUACGCUCCCUUGGAUAUAUCUAUUGCGAGUUUCAAUCGUACAGGUUUCUUUGUGUGCUUC